GGCCUGGGCGGGGCGGCCCGGGUGCCUCCUUCCUGUUUCCGCUCGGAAGUCCGGAGGCGUUCAGGGCCGCGGGAUCUCGGCGCCGCCCUUGCGCCGCUCGGCAGGCCUGGAGCGUCCCCGGGGCCCAGAAGAACAGAAAAGAUGCUUGAUAUUAAGGCUUGGGCUGAGUACAUCGUGGAGUGGGCUGCAAAGGACCCCUAUGGCUUCCUUACCACAGUGAUCUUGGCCCUUACGCCGUUGUUCGUGAUCAGUGCAGCACUUUCAUGGAAGCUUGCAAAAAUGAUUGAGGCCAGGGAGCGAGAGCAAAAGAAGAAACAGAAACGCCAAGAGAACAUCGCAAAAGCCAAACGAACAAAGAAGGAUUAAAUGGGAAAAAAAAAAAAAAUCACCUGCCAUGUGCAAAGAAUCCACUUUUUAAAUGAAACACUUGUACAUUUUGUGUUGUAACUGUCCUUUGAUACUUGAUCCUGUUAUUUCUUGAAGUAUGAAAUUUAAUACUUUGUAUUUUUUUCCUGCUGAUUUGUGUUCAAAUUCGCCCGACACUUUAUUAAUUAAAUAUACUACUUGUGUUUUCUAGUGCAAGUUGCUUUUCUAAAUUUGCAUGUUAUAUUAAAAAAUUAACCUGUUGCGUGACUGGAGGUAAUUUGUUUUUCCCCUUAGCUGAGUUAUGACUUAACAAGUGUCUUAAAGUUGUCAAAUUUAGGGAAAAAUGUGAAUAAUAAACUGGAUUACAGAAAUGCAAGUUUUGGCAUACCUUCAGCAGAGCUGUAGAGAUAAGCUAACUGUAGCUUAAUUAGGUAGCAGAUAUUACUGAUUUCCUUUAAGGACGCUGCAUAUGGCUGUGUGUGCCCGUAGUGGCUGGUGCAGUGUCUUUGAUGGUGGGGCUUCCCUGCAGAAAUAACCUACCUAACUCUUCCUAUUUCCUGAACUACCAGCCAUGAACAGCCUUUAAAUUCAGCCCAAACUCUAGGAAACUGAUAACUUGUUCUUGUUAGCUUCAUUUGUCUUAAGGCAUUCAUCGUGUUCUACAAAAUACAGUACUAUGUUGUGUGGUCUUUCCUAACAAUCAGCUGAACUCUCCACCUGUAACUAAUUUGUUUCUGCCUUCGUAAAGUCUUUAUGCCUCAAAGAAUAGACAUAAAUGGGGUGAGACCAAAGACCCAGCUGGCCUAGUGUUCUGUGUCCUAGUGACCUAUAGCAGACGGCUGUGGGAGGUCAAUGCACAUGCUGGUGACAGUAGUUCUUUUUACUUUCUAACAUGGCUACCUUUGAUCUAGGACCUUCUGAGUUUAGGUAGAACUUUUGUUCUUAUGGCCAUUGAAACUCUACUGCCUUACAGGUUGCAAAUUGCUGGUAUACUGGAAGAAAAAAAAAAGGUUUGUGUUGGAAAUACACCAAAUUUUUUUCACCUUAUUUCUAAUUUAUGUUUCUU